GCUUGUGGAGAACACGAGUAAGUGCUGUCGUGGUUUCCUCUUCGUUUUCCAUUUACGACUUUUCUCAAAAAAAAAAAAAAAGAUCUCCGUUCUUUCCGUGUCUGAAACUCAGAAUUCACUCCAGAAAGUAAAAAAAAAAAAUUACUAGUAAUUUUAGGAUCAUCCUCUUCAACCGGAGAAAACCAGUGUCAAACCCUAGCUUGAUUUAUAGCUUUUAACGUGGGUGCAAUAGUGAGGCUAAAAAUCAUCAGUGGAUCGUCAAUCGAAGCUCAACGAUUUCUCUAAAGCUGUGGCAGCAGAUUUGGGCCCUUCAAAUCCUAAACCCAGACAAAGGCAGGAGAUGGAAGUUAAGGAUACAAUAGCUGCAAGGAAAGUUCAGAAGGCGGACCGUGAAAAAUUGAGGAGGGACAGGCUGAAUGAACAGUUUCUUGAGUUGGGAAACACGCUUGACCCAGAUAGGCCUAAGAAUGAUAAAGCAACCAUACUUGUGGACACAAUCCAAAUUCUUAAGGAUUUAACUGCAGAAGUCAACAGGCUAAAGGUUGAGUGUUCAUCACUAACUGAAGAAUCACGUGAGCUGACUCAGGAGAAGAAUGAGCUCAGAGAAGAAAAGGCAUCUCUAAAAGCAGAUAUUGAAAACCUAAAUGUACAGUAUCAGCAAAGGCUUAGGGUCAUGUACCCAUGGUCUGGUAUUGAUCCUGCAGUUGUCAUGGCUCCACCUUAUGCAUAUCCAGUUCCUGUGCCUGUCUCUACUGGCCCUAUUGCAAUGCACCCCUCACUGCAAUAUCCAUUUUUUGGAAAUCAUAAUCCAGUUGCUAUUGCUAAUUCCUGCUCAACCUUCAUGGCAUAUCCAACCGCCACCAAUCCUCCAAUUGAACAGCCAUCAUCUCAACAUGAAUCCUCUUCCCGCACUUCUAGCAAAAGGGAUUGUAGAAGCAAACCAAUGGAUGGCCUAAGAGGAAGUAAUGGAGAUAGAUGUGAUGGUUCUAACGAUGUGGGGACAGAACUGGAACUGAAGAUGCCUGGCUCAUCAACAAACCAGGAUUUGUCUGCUGGAGAAAAGAAAGUCAAGCAAACACAGAAGAAAGAAGGAAGUAUGGUGAAUGGUAGCUCUUCAAGCCAGCACCCUUCAUCUCAAUGUCUUCAGGAUAGCUCCUCGAAGAGUGUGGAUGAUGUUUCAAAGUCCAAGAAAUGAACAAUUUUUCAUAUUGUUACUCUGACUAUUCAGAGUGCGAGUAUCUCAAAGCUAACAUGUUUUGACUGUGACACCCCCUGGUAACAUCUUUGAUUGAUUUCAGCUUAAACAUGUGUUAAGUUCCAAGAACUAAUCUUCUAUAUGGAAGCAAGGGUUGUAUAAAAAAAAAAGUAUGGAAACAAGGGUGUAUUUUCUGCUUGCUGCCAAAUUCUUUUGGCAUUUGGUGGAGGGUCUAGAAGAUUCUAAUCUCUUCCACAUUUCCAUGUGACUUAAAACAGAAACUCUAAUUAUUUCCUCCUAGGUUGACUUGGUAGAUGCUUUUUAGCUUGUGUUAAAUCAUCAGUAAUGCUUGGCCGGUGCGGGAUGAUUCCAUCAUCUAUGUGUAUGUGCUUUGUAAACUUCUUUGUUAAUACCAGUUAACAGUCGUAUCAUUCUAUUGUGUUCGUUUAAAAUCCAUGCAAUGGUCUGUAUGUAAUGUCAUCUCGAAGGAAUUGUUGUCAAUGGAGGAAACUUUGAUGAUAAUGGCUGCAAGAUCCGCGUUUUGUUAAUAUAAUUGAUUGCAAUUUUCGAUUCAUUGGAGAAGAUGUCAGGACUCUGUAUCCCCAGUUAUUUUCGUAAAAGAGAACUUCAUAGCAGAAGAUAUUAGAGUACUUUGAAAUCCAAACAGAUGAGUUUUCUACCAAUUUUAACACGAUACGCCCAUUUAACCACACCAUAGACUAGAACAUUAUCUGUCCAUGUUAUGCACAAAAGCUGAUCCUGAUUUAAUAUGAUGAAUAAUCACGGUAUUCCUUUCCGAUUGAAAGUUGUUUUUCCCCUUCCGCCAAGUUUUCUUUAGAAAGUAAACUGUCGAAGAAUUCAACUAUGGAAGGCCCACUUUUCAUUGUGGAUGAAUGAUCCCAACUCUGCAAGCCCCUGAGCCACUGAUGGACCUUUCAGCUUCCUGAAGGUCAGCCGUUCCUAUCCCAAAACCUCCAACAUGGAACAAGUUGACUGUGGACUUCCCUGUUAGCAGUCAUAAUUUACCAAUCAUUCCUUUUCUUGUUUUUAUUGGUCGAGGUGAUAGCUGAAGCAAGUAGUACCCUUCAAGCAGUAAAGCCUCAUUUGCCAAUCAGGCGGGGCAGCCUUGUAUCAAAUGGACAUCUCACCUAAUAUAGAAGGAAAGGUAAUCAGACUCUGCCCACGUGAAUUCCCGCGUUGGUUGGAUGGUUAAAUUUCGUUAGUUGAAGAGGAGCUGUCGUAGUUAAAAUUUGAUACCAUUUGACAAGAUAAAGAUGCU